ACGUCUUCCUUUUCCGUUGGUUCACUCCCCAAUGGCUGCUGCGGCCGGUGCACUGCGCUGAUCCGAAGCCAGGAGCCAGGUGCUUCUCCUGGUCUCCCAUGCGGGUACAGGCCCUAAGGACUUGGGCCAUCCUCCACUGCCCUCCCGGGCCACAGCAGAGAGCUGGACAGGAAGAGGAGUGACUGGGACAGAAUCCGGCGCCCCGACUGGGACUAGAACCCGGGGUGCCAGCGUCACAGACGGAGGAUUAGCCUGUUGAGCCAUGGUGCCGGCCCUCCAUCUUUCUUAAAGGGUAUUUUAACACUUGGAAGGACAUCAUAAGUGGCAGUUCUUAAUCAACUUGAGAUUAGUCUAUGUGGCUUUGUGCAAAAUUGAUGGACUGGUUUCCAUGUCUCAUUUUGCUGUUGGCCAGUGAAAUCAGAGGUGUCCAUUUGAUUAGUGUAUGCUGUUAGUUCUUCAGUUAAAACACUGCCUGGGAUAUUGGCACGCAGUAAAUACUUGUUGAAUGAGUAAAUGACUGUAGGGCACCCAAAUGAUCAGUCUCAGAUCCAAAUGCCACCUAGUGCCCUGAUGAGCAGAGCUGUUGAAAGUGUCUCGCUCUGUUCUCAAACCUUAGAGUUUGAGAGUGUAAGGGCCUGGAGUCCAAGCAGCUGCGUGGAGUCGCCGUAGGAAGAUGGGGCUGUGACUUAGCCAGACUAGAACCCAGGUGUCUGGAAUGUUCUAUGAGCUCACACAAGCUGGUGUUUGUCUUCCAUUGUGAUUGCAACAAAGAAAAGAGAGAAAUUAAGAUAAAACAUUCACUCCCUAAUCUCUGCUCUGUAGUCUCCUUUAGAAAAGCUCAGCUAAAGAUCUAGUUUAUUCAGAACUGAAGAUAACAAGAGAGUAUGAGAAUUUUUGUUUUAUUUUUUUGGAAUCUCAAGGAAGGGGAAGAGCGAUUUCCCCCUCUGGCCUGAGCCCACAGGCCUUGCUCUUGGAGGAAGUGCACGGAAGCAGCAGGUUUUGGAAACCCCGUCUCCGGGUCGCUGGGAUUGACUUGCUGCUCAGUUGAAUCACCUGCUCAAUGGAGACGAGAACUAGGGCUUUGUGCUGACUCAUACUUGAAUCAAAACCCUGGGGAGUCUGCAUGCCUUGUCUGUGGACAGGACCAGUGCCAGUCUCCAUCACGAGCCUCCGGAAACUUCCACGGUCUCCCUGCGCUGUCGUCCUGGUCGCUCGCUCUGGCGUUGCAACCCGGGGCUGCUGGAGGUGGCAGUGACGAGUCUUGUUACAAGUGGCCUUAUUCCAACUCCAGAAGUCCCCCCAGAGGAAGCUCGCGACUCUUACCUUGUGCCCAGCCCUGAGGCAACAGGAAACAUGCCCACCCAGUCCCUCCUCGUGUACAUGGAUGGGCCGGAGGUCAUUGGCAGCCCCCUGGGCACCCAGGUGGAGAUGGACGACGCCGUGGCGCUCCGAGGGGCCGCCGCCGUGCCCUUCAGAGCCCCGACGGAGAGGAGCGUCAUCCAGAUGGAAGGCUGCAUGCCCUUGGACUGCAUGUUCUGCUGCCAGUCCUUCGGCCACGCCGACGACCUCAACAAGCACGUCCUGACGCAGCAUCGGCCCACCCUCUGCGAGCCCGCAGUGCUGCGGGUGGAAGCAGAGUACCUGAGCCCGCUGGACAAGAGUCAGGUGCGCGCCGAGCCCCCGAAGGACAAGAGCUGCAAGGAGAACGAGGAGUUCAGCUGCGAGGUGUGCGGGCAGGCGUUUCGGGUGGCCUUCGACGUCGAGGCCCACAUGAAGAAACACAAGGACUCCUUCACUUACGGGUGCAGCUUGUGUGGGAGACGAUUCAAGGAGCCGUGGUUCCUGAAGAACCACAUGCGGACACACAACGGCAAGUCGGGGGCCAGGAACAAGGCGCAGCAGGGCCUGGAGAGCCCGGUGACCAUCAACGAGGUGGUCCAGGCGCACGCGGCCGGGAGCAUCUCGUCGCCUUACAAGAUCUGCAUGGUCUGUGGAUUCCUGUUUCCAAACAAAGAGAGUCUAAUAGAGCAUAGCAAAGUGCACACCAAAGACACUACGUCCUGCCCCAGCAGUGCACAGGCAGCCUCCCAGCCCGAGGGCGCGCCAUCUCCCAGGGAAGAGUUCUUGCAGUGUUUGGACUUGAGACCCAAAGCGCACCCGGAGCGCGUGCAGAAGCAGGUGCAGUGCAUCCCUCAGCUCGACCCCUUCACCACCUACCAGGCCUGGCAGUUGGCCACCAAGGGCAAGGUCGCCGUGGCCCAGGAAGAAGUGAAGGAGUCGGGGCAGGAAGGAAGCACCGACAACGACGACUCGUGCUCAGAGAAAGAAGAGCUGGGAGAAAUCUGGAGCGGCGGCAAGUCCGAAGGCUCUGGGAAGUCCAGAGCGAAAGGCGGCUGCGCGGGGCUCUCGCAGGAGAAGGAGAAGCCCAGGCACUCGAGCGGCGACGGGGCCCCUGGGGACGUGGACGCCAAGCUGUCGGCCAGCAAAGAGAAGCCCACGCACUGCUCCGAGUGCGGCAAGGCCUUCCGCACCUACCACCAGCUGGUCCUGCACUCGCGGGUGCACAGGAAGGAGAGGAGGGCCGAGGCGGGCUCGCCGACCUCGGCCCUGGACGGGAGGCAGCCGGGCACGUGCUCGCCCGAGCUCGCCAGCAGCCUGGACGAGGGCGGAGCCGUAGACCGAGGCGAAGGCGGCUCCGAGGAUGGCUCUGAGGAUGGCCUUCCCGAGGGUCUCCAUCUGGAUAAAAAUGAUGACGGAGGAAAAAUAAAGCAUCUCACGUCCUCGAGAGAGUGUAGUUAUUGUGGAAAGUUUUUCCGUUCAAAUUAUUACCUCAAUAUUCAUCUCAGAACGCAUACAGGUGAAAAACCGUACAAAUGUGAAUUCUGUGACUAUGCUGCAGCCCAGAAGACGUCUCUGCGGUACCACUUGGAGAGGCACCACAAGGACAAGCAGGCGGACGGUGCCGCCGAGGGCAAGAGCGACGGCAAGAACCAGGAGGCGGAAGAUGCGCUCGUGGCCGCUGACGGUGCACAAACCAAAAAUUUGAAAAGAUUUUUUGAUGGUGCCAAAGAUGUUAAAGGCAGUCCACCUGCAAAGCAGCUUAAGGAGAUGCCUUCUGUCUUUCCGAAUGUUCUGGGCAGUCCUGUCCAGACACCAGCACACAAAGAUACUCAGGAUUUCAGUAAGCACGCAGCCAGUGGCAGUGCUGAGACAGUGGACAGAGCGCCCACCCCUGUGUUCGUGGAUCUGCUGAAAAAGAGGUCGGCAGGGGAAGCUCAGGCAGACGACCCUGUCGGCAGAGCGGAAGUGGGGGUGCCUCCCGCAGACAGCAGCGCCCCGCGGUGCGCCGAUGGCGGCCACCCAGAGACGAAAAUGGAUACCACAGGGGCUGGCAGGUGCCAGACUGGCCUGGAGUGUCAGGAGAAGCCUCUGAACCUGUCCCUCAGUGCUCUGCACAGCUGCCCGGCCAUUGCUUUGAGUAAAAAUCUAAUCCCAAGUAUCACCUGCCCGUUUUGUACCUUCAGGACAUUUUACCCCGAGGUUUUAAUGAUGCACCAGAGACUGGAGCACAAGUACAAUCCCGAUAUUCACAAAAACUGUAGGAACAAGGCUUUGCUUAGAAGUAGACGGACUGGGUGCCCGCCAGCCCUGCUGGGGAAAGACGUGCCUCCCUUGUCUGGUUUCCACAAGCCCAGGCCCAGGUCAGCUUUCCCAGCGCAGCCCAAGCCCCUGCCUCCAGAGAAAACGAAGCAGAGCCCCUCGGGGCCGGCCAAAGCCCCUCCAACGUCAGGGACAGACUCCAGCACUUUAGCCCCAAGUAACCUGAAGUCGCACAGGCCGCCGCAGAGCGCUGCCGCCCCCCGGCCGCAGCAGCCCGAGGGCUUUUCCAAAACCAGUGUUGGUCCUGCACUGGAGAAAACGAGACGACCCGAGGCGAAGCUGAAGCCUCUGCCCGUGGCCCCAGCUCAGCCCGCCCACGGCAGCGGUAGCAGCAGCGGCGGCAAUGGCUCCAGCGGCUCCGGCGGCUCCAGCGGCUCCAGCGAGUGUGCGCCCAAGAGCGAUGGCCCCUGGGCCCCUCAGGGAAGAGACUACUUUUGUAACCGGAAUGCAAGCAGCACCACAACCGCGGAAUUCAGCGAGCCGCUCCCGAAAAGGCUGAAGUCUGGCGUGGUCACACUUGACGUUGACCUGCCCGGGCCCAAUUACAGGAGGGGCUACGAGCUGCCCAAGUACCACGUGGUCCGGGGCAUCACGUCCCUGCUGCCCCAGGAGUACAUGUGCCCGCCGUUGCCGGUGUUGCCCCCCAAGCCCAGAUUCCUGGGCUCUGCUGAGGGGGAGUCUCCAAGUGUGCUGGCUGUGCAGAAGCCCUACAGCGGCGCUGGCCCGCUCUACUCGUGCGCACCUGCCAGCGGCCCGGCCUCCAGCGCGGCUCUAGAAGGGAAGAGGCCUGUGUCGUAUCAGCACCUGUCCAGCAGUAUGCUGCAGAAGAGGAACUAUGAGAAUUUUAUUGGGAACGCACAUUACCGACCAAAUGACAAAAAAACUUGAUUUCCUAUUUUUUGGGGGGAAAGGUCUCGAUGGGUGGAGGCGCGUGCGCCGUGAGGUCGGAUUUGAGUCCAUCCUUUGGGAAAGCGAAUGGUGAAAGCUACUGAAAUAAGCUGUGACCGCACUGUACAUACAACACGCAAGGAACAUAAAAGGAACACUACAGUUUUGUAAAGUUGUUCUGUUAACUUUUGUACCAAAUAGCAAUAAAAACUAGUUGGAGCAGUUGGGACCAGAGAUCUCUAUUUUGUCCCUGAAUAAUAUUUUUUUUAACAAUUGACCAAAUAAGUGGAGUUUUUGUAUACUUGAGCGCUGCUGAAAAGAAAUCAUUUGGGGUGGGGGUGGGGCGGGGGGGAGAGUCUAUGACGCUUGCACCUCAGGUAAACUGUAAAUAUCUCCGUUGUUAGCCUGCUCGUUUCAGUGCUGUGUGUAUCCCCUUCUCGUGUAGCUCGUCGCUUCGAGCAGUUUCUGCCAUUUGUGCUUUCAUUUAAAUGUAUUUUUUAAACAAUUCCCAAUGAUCUGUAUUAUGUGGAAUCGUCCACAGUCCCUUGUUGUCUUAACAAAAUUGUCAACGAAAGCCUCGUCCCUCGCGGCUGCUGCGUGCGCCCAGGCCGUCCUGGUCCCGGCCUCCCCGUGGCCCUUGGCGGCGUGGGGGCUGUGGGCCGGGGCCGUGGCACCUCUGCAGAGCAGCCUCGCGCCAGGGGCCACACCCAACUGCGCUUGCAGUUUCUUAAGUUUGUUUUCUAUCAAAUUGAUCAUUUCUGUUGGAAAAUUCACUUUGGUGGGGGGAGGGGUGUUUGGCUAAGUAAACAUAGGCGAGUGUAAGUGCUAAAAUAUACAAUGUGAAUUACAGACGUUGAGAAGGAAGCAGUUUUAAAGGGAAUGGAAGAUUUUUUUGUUUGGGCAAACUUUAGGUUUGUAUUUGGAAAUCUUGGCGUGUCUGGCCACACUGAUUCUGAGGGCGGAGCGGAGGGGCCCAGCUCCGAGACCCCAGCUGGGCCCACUGUCACCUCUGGUCAGCCCAGCUGUGGCUGUUGGAAACUCUGUCCGUGGCUGAGUGUGCUCAGCCCGUGGUUUGAGUAAGCCACAAGAUAUUUUAUUAAGAAACUGUUCUGAAAAGUAAAUUUGCACUGUUGAUUUCCCCUGCCCUGCGCUUCUCCAUGGAGCAUGGGGAGAGGCCUCAAAGAAUCCGAAUUCUGUUUCAUUAUGCAACGUGGGGCGUCCUGGAUGGAAGUCUCCGCUCCCGUGUUACUGGGAGGUGUGUGAGCUGAGUCUGCUGGCAUUGCAGUGAAGUGCUUUGUAUCAGGAACCUGUACACUAUGCCUGUUUUCCUGUUCACAAGCUGAGCCAUAUGUACAUAACCUAGAUUUUGUGUUCAUAGUUUUGCACUUUUAUAGCCUAUUUUUGAGGAUUAACACAUUUUGCAAGAUGAUCGACUCACUCUUUGCCUAAUCUGACGAGUGUUCCAGAGAGCUUGCUGUGACUAUAAAUGUAAAUCUUAAAAGAGGGGUAUAAAUAGAGGGCUGAAAUUUAAACCUGUAUUUUAAAAAAAAUCACCAAAUCUAUUUGAAAACAAGUCCAUUUGUGUUACGCUGAAAUUUUGGGGGCUUUUACAUGUUUCCUUUGUAGCCACAUUCUGAAUACAUAAAAAUAUCAGUUUUUUAAAUUUUCCACAGCCCUUUGUACUGUCCAUCAGUAUUAACUAUCGGGAUACUACUGGUUUUGUAUGUUUUUAUUUCGUUGAGACAGCAGUCCAUAUAAUAGAGGUACAAUUCGUUGGAUUUUUGUUUAUGUAUUUAUUUCAUUCCAGUUUGAUUUAUUUUAAUUGUUGAUACUUAAGUUGUCAAACAGUAGACAUUUACUUGUUUUAUUUAUGAUAUAUUUCAGCUUAAAGUUAUGUUAUUAUAUGUGGAUGUAAAUAUAGAUUUGGUGUUUUGCA